AUGGGCAAUCAGGCUGUCACCACGAAACUGGUUUCUGUUGUGCAGCACAACGACCAACAUGGAUCCAGUGUUCCUCCAAUCUACCAAUCAACGACUUUCAAAGUGGGGUCACUCGAAGACGAUGCCUCCCAAGCAUACGACUACACCCGUUCGGGCAAUCCAACGCGGACGGUCGUGCAACACCAACUGGCGAAAUUGUAUGACGUUGACAGCUCGCAAGUGCUUGCUGUGAGCAGUGGGAUGACAGCACUCGAUAUGAUUUUGAGAGGUCUGGUACUCAAAAACACGAAUUCGGUGCCAACGAUCAUCGCGGGCGAUGAUCUAUACGGUGGAACCCAGCGUUUGUUAACGCAUCUGGGGGUCCGCGACCACGCACGCGUUCUGCAUGUGGACACAACCGAUUAUGAAGCGUUUGUGAGACUGUACAAGCAGCAACCACGCGUUGACUGUGUGCUACUGGAAUCGCCAACCAACCCGCUACUCAAAGUCGCGGAUUUGCCCCGGUUGGCCAAGUUCAUCAAACACGAAAACAAGAACUGUAUCGUCGCUAUUGAUAACACAAUGAUGAGCGGGAUGCUUUGCAAUCCGCUUCAAUUUGGAUGCGAUGUCGUCUACGAGUCCGCUACGAAGUAUUUGAAUGGUCACCACGACAUCAUGGCAGGCGUAAUUAUCACCAAAAAUAAGAAGCUCGCCGGUGAUAUCUACUUCGUAAUUAACUCCACGGGUUGUGGUCUUUCGCCGUUCGACUCGUGGCUCCUAAUAAGAGGUCUCAAGACCUUGGGGGUCAGAAUGUACCAACAGCAGCAUAAUGCCAUGGUUCUUGCUCACUGGCUUGAGGAUUCGUGCGGGUUCCGGAAAAGAAGUCCAAAGGAUCGUACCUUGACCAGAUACGUGGGAUUGAAGUCGCAUCCGCAAUUCGAACUGCACAAAUCCUACAACGCCGGGCCCGGUGCGCUGUUGUCGUUCGAGACAGGCUCUUUUGAACACUCCAGACGUUUGGUAUCGUCGCGGAAACUCAAAAUCUGGUCCGUAACCGUAUCAUUUGGCUGUGUCAACUCACUUAUUUCCAUGCCAGGGAAAAUGUCACAUGCCGCAAUCGACCCUGCCCUGCGGGAAGAACGUGAGUUUCCUGAGGAUAUCGUCAGGCUGUGUUGUGGUGUUGAAAACAUCGCCGACCUUCAGAACGAUCUACUUGGAGCUAUGGUGGACGCUGAUAUCAUCGAGCUGAGGGAUGGGGGCAAAACCCUAUAUAACAAGCUUAAUGGCAAUUUAGCAUCCAAUACCAUUGGCCAGGGCGAUCUCCCCAACAUCUAUGAGGAGUUCUUUGGUCCAAAUGGUGUAAGGCGUCAGUCCGUUGGCGUCUGCCGUGCCAAGCUAUAA